AUGGAUGUCAGUCCUGAGCACUUGGUGGACUUUGUUGAACGUCGUCGGCUUCAGAACCGUGUCGCUCAAAGCAAAUUCCGCGAGAAGAAGCAACGCGAAGCUAAAAAUGCCGCUCGUCAAGCGGCCAGGCUCGCGACUCAAGUGCUGCCCCCUGUCUCCUCGGGCAGUUCCAAAAGCUCGCAGGUGGAAAUAUUGAAAUAUCCGACAUCUUCAUUUACCAAUACGCCUGGUAUGCUGGCAACAGAGCUGCCAGUGGUGAAUUUUGAACAAAUCCCAGUGGAGACAGACCUUGGUCUCGACCUCAUCGGUCCCAGCUUCUGUGAAUCAAACAAUGAAUCAUUCCUCGUACCCACCGUCGACUUUCAAUCUGAGUUCGUGAACUACGAUGCUGGCCUUAGGCCAACGACGUCUCACAAUAAUAACUCAAUACCAGGCUUGAUAAUGACGAUCAACAAGGACGGCUGGAUUGGCUCUCUCCAUAUCGCAGCUCAGCGGGGCCAUGAGCAGAUUGUGCGGGUUCUCCUGGAGCAAAGCAGCGUGGACAUAAACAAAGCAGACAGCGACGGUCGCACGCCGCUGAUACACGCUAUCGUUGAGAACCACAAGGCCGUCGUGCGUCUUCUUCUUGAAAAUGGUGCGACUAUGGCUACCUCUGACUGCGAUGGUCGCUCGGCAUUUCAUUGGGCUGUUCUAUAUCGCCGUAUUGACAUAUUACAACUGCUUCUCAAGUACCGUGAAGAGUCCAAAAUGAGCCUCAACCUCGAUACACAUGACAACACCGGUUGGACGCCGCUACAUAUGGCUAUUAUUAGAGACUUUGAGCCCGGAGUCUUGAUUCUGAUUCAGGCUGGUGCGGACAUGAAUGCUCUGGCAAAAAAAUGCCCGUAUGCUGAGAAUUUCAUGUCACUAUUGGAAAGGUAG